AUGCGCCAAUUCCUUGGAAUCGGGUUUUCACUGGCUCUCCUGCUGGUGACAGUCGCGGCAUCUCGAAUCGUCCCCGGAGGCCGCCAAGCAUGCGCUCCCAAUUGUGUCCCACCCGCUUCCAAUAAGCCAGCCGGUGCUAAGCUACCAUGCCGUCCGUCUGAGGGAUGCAGAGGCGCGGGAGGCGCGGGAGGUGGGUCAGGAGGUGGAAGCGGAACCGGAGGCGGGAGGUACAUGGCCGGCAACUAG